AUGGCCGAGUGCUGGAUUUGCCUCCGUUCGCACGUGGAGCAAGGCCAGCAAGGCCAACUGUGCCCGGUGCAGUCGCUUCCGUGUGGCCGCUACGCUCAUGCAGUGUGCUUGCAAGAACUCAAGGAAAUGACCGGAUAUGAUGAUUGUCCUUCUUACGCAGACACCAGUCCCGGCAACAAUCGCAGUGCUGCAAGUUUUUGUCGUGCCGCAGCUGUGGAGUACCUCCGUGCGAUUCGGUCGACCUCCACAGGCACACCGGCCCGAUUCGUGGUGACAGAGCGGUGCCUCAGCAAUUUGCAUCAUGCACUUGCAUUGGAUGCCGGGCACGGAAGCAGUUUGACUUUGCUUGGAGUGAUGCACCAAUCUGGACUGGGUGUGCCUUUAGAUGAUAUUAAAGCUUACCAAUGCUUCCUUAAAGCACAUGAAAGCUGUACGCCUCUUGGUACUCUCUACCUGGCGCGCUGCUAUAAACGCGGCACUGGAUGCAACAUUGACCUCGUAAAGGCACGGGAACUUUUUGCUGAAGCCGAUGUUCAAGGCAAGCAGAUGGCCACUUUAGAGUUGGCUUUGAUGUGCCGUGCAGGCCUCGGAGGGGAGGUGGAUUUGGAAAAAGCCGUGGAGCUUCUGCAGAAAGCCGACAGAGCUGGAGAUGCACUUGCUGCCUAUGAGCUGGGCAUGGCAUAUGCCCACGAGACAAUGAACCUGCCGAAGAAUUUGGAGAAGGCGCGCGCUCACAUGGAGGCAGCCUGCCACCGUGGAUACAUUCCGGCAGUGGUGGAGCUUUCGCAGCUGUAUAUGAUGGGCAUUGGUGGCCCGCAAGAUACCAAUAGAGCAAGGGAGCUGACAAUGGCUGUGGACUUUCCGAAACCACACCACCCCUCUGAAAUAGUGGACGAAAAGGCACUGACACAUGGAUGGCUCAGCAGCAGGGUGCAAGAGCUGUAUAUCACGGAUUUGGAGAAGCUCGAUCCAAACGAGUGGUGGCAACUGCGUGUGCCGGAUCCGGAGGAGGAGGAUCCAAACGCUAUGUUGAAAGCUAUGGGUCUCUACACGGAGCCGGCCAAGAUCACCACGAGCGGACCGUUUGCAGCGCGAGCCGCAAUCGAACCACCACCAGGCAGCGAGCCCGGUGGGUUGUGGCGUGCGACAAUGGCAUUUCACGGCGUCAAGUACGGGGACCCUGUCGUUGUAUCAGCCGAGCAAGCAGCCAGCGCCAAAGGCGGCUUGAUGGUGCUCUUCUGCUGCAUUGCUAGCAUGUCUCGACGAUCUGGCAGGACGGUACCAGCUUGGGCACCCGACAUUGCAGAUGUCAGCGAUUUGGUUGUGCAGUCGGCACCCGAGCCGACGAGGAUUGUCUUCAAAACCCGGGCAAGAUCUGUGAACCUUGGAGCGCGGGCUACGUUACGAGUCCGCCGCAGUGACUGGGCAAAGCGUCGCCUGCUUUGCAUUGCAAUUUGCAAGGAAGAUGCCUGCCACUGUCCCUUGGCGAAGCUGCCUCAGGGCUUUCUCCGCUUCUUUGUGGACCACGUCUUUUCAUUCUUGGCGGAUGGAAAAGCUGCUCUUGUUGGGUCCCGUUUGCUUGGUGCGUCUGCAUUGCCCACCGGAGCUGCACCUGCUUGGCUUUGGUUAUCACCGGCAGAGGAUAAAGACAAAGAUGCCAAGAAGGGUAAGGCUGAAAAGCCGAAGAGCAAUGCCCCGGUAAAUGGCAAGGUUCAAGCUGAUAGCGUAUCAUACAAACCGCACCGCCUUGCCCACGGGCGCACGAUCUACUUGGAGACCAUGCGCCAGGUCGUCUUCAUGCUGUGCAUGGCCGCUGGGGUGGCCGGCGACACGGAGUCUUCCGAUGCGGACGUGACGAAUCUGCUACAGCUGAUCAACCCACUGCCUGAUGCGUCGGGAGCUCACAGCCACCUCCACGGCUCUGACUUCAGCUCAGCAGACGACAAGUGGAGCCCACCAGCUCUGACCGUGAAGGCCGUGAAACCAGCAACGACAGCAAAGAUUGUCGCUACGGAACGCCACCUUGCUAGCAGUCAAAGGACGACAGUUCCCACACUCCAUUCCAUGCCUGCCUCCUUGGCAGAGCCCGCUCAACUUGCCCACCUCGGUGCCACGAAACCCAAAGUCAGGAAUUCCAAAGCACUCGCCGUAAAGGCAACGAAGAAAAUCGCUUCCACGGCACAUGCCAAGAAAGCGACUAAAACGAAGAAGGCCAAGAAGAAGAGCGAAAGCCCACCAGAGUCGGUCGAAGAGGUCAAGCAAGGCGUCCCAGAAAGAAGGAAAGCAAAGAAAGCUUCGAUCUCUAAGGAGGUUCUUGUGAAGACUUCCCAGGCAGUCCAGAAACACCAGGCGACCUCACAGUCAUCACGCUCUUCGCAUUCCCAGGAGAGUUUGCAGGCAGCGGCCAGCAGGAAAGCGUGCAGGGACUUGUUGGAGGAGUGCCGCACCGACUUGAAGGUUGAUGCCUGCCUGCGAUACAAGGGUUCCUGCCUGGCUGGCACGUCGCUCAAACCAGAGCUAGUCGAGUCCCGAGCCGUGGGCCAGGCGGAGCCAGGCAUCUCUCAGCUGGCAGACCCGAGCCAAGGUCCAGCGAACGGAGAGGUCGAGGCUUCCCAACCAGAGGAGCCUGCGGCCGAGCCUGCGGCCGAGCCUGUGGAGCCCACCAGAAAGCACAGCGCGGAUGCUUUGGAUAAUGGCGUCAGCCAGUCUGGUGUGGGUGGCUUUGGAACCGACGCGGAGCCAGAACCUGUUGAGGUGGCAGCUUCUGAAGAUGUGACCGGUCCAAUUGCACAGGCGGCGGAGGAGGCAGAGGCGGCCGAGGAGGCAGAGGCAGCAGAGUCUUCAGAGCAAGACGUCACAGAGCCAGAGGAGCCAAUUCAAAGUGCCUCUCCCAAAGAGGUGCCAGAGGCUGAGGAAGCAGAGGCAACAGUGCCAGAUGCGGCCGAGCCAGCACAGAGCGCUGCGGCAGAGGGAGCUGAGGCAGCGGCACCAGAGCAAGAUGCGACGGAGCCAGUACAAAGCGUCUCUCCCGAAGCAGAUGCGGCGAAAGCUGAAGCAGAGGUAGCAGAGCAAGAUGCGACGGAGGCAGAGGCAGCAGAGCCGGCACUGCAAAGCGUCUCACCCGAAGCAGAAGCGCCGGAGGCUGAGGCAGAGGCAGCAGAGGCACCAGAGCGAGAUGCGACAGAGCCAAUGCAAAGUGUCUCACCCGCAGCAGAAGCACCGGAGGCUGAGGCAGAGGUACCAGAUGCGCCGGAGCAAGAUGCGACGAAGGCUGGGGCAGCAGAAGCACCAGAGCAAGAUGCGACGGAGCCUGCACAAAGUGUCUCACCUGCAGUGGAGGCGCCAGAGGCUGAGGCAGAGGUACCAGAUGCGACAGAGGCUGGGGCAGCACCGGCACCAGAGCGAGAUGCCACGGAGCCAGCAGAGGCGCCGGAGGCUGAGGCAGAGGCACCAGAGGCACCAGAGCAAGAUGCGACGGAGCCGAAAUCAGAGGCAGACGGCGUGGAGGCGGCCACACCCGUCGAUGGCGAAGCCGCCACUUCCAGCGCAGACCGUGUACUCGAGCCAGAGGUCCCCGUGAAAGCUGAAACCUUGAAAUCUGAAUCUGCUGCGCCUCAAGAAGCUGAAACCGCACCGGUCUUGGGCUCGAAGAGCCAGGCUGUGCCUUCGGUCUCGCACCCCAACGCCGCCUGGGUGUUCGGGCAGGCAGCCAGCACCUUGACCAACAACCAAGAGGUCGGGCUUCAGAGUACGACUUUCGGAUUAACACGGGUGGAUGCCUUGGGAACUUCAGCUGGAUCCCUCACUUUGGCUCAGAGGGAGCUUGAGAACCAACGCUUAGCCAGUGUGAAGGAGAACCUCUGUGCAUUGUGGCACACCAUGUGUGGGCGUGUUGCCACGGCAGAGAUUUGCCGAGAUCCCUCGUCCGACUCGGACUACAGUAGGUCGAGAUCUCGUUCAAAGAGUCGCAGACAAAAGAAAGAGAAGGACCGACGCCGCGUGAGUGGCGAGCAGGCAUCGCGGAGUAGAGAUGCUGCUGAGGCGAGAGUCAAAACACUGGCCUUGCGGCCUCCGGUGGUAAAACCUGCCGUGGCUCCUGCAAAAUCGCCAGCAGACUUGGCAAGAGAAAAAGCAGAGUUCGAGGAAUUUUGCAAGGCCAGAAGGGUGACGACACCGGAACAGUACGAGCUCAAUUAG